UCGCAUACCAACUGUGUGUUUCAUACUUCCUCAGCAAGGAAAACCAAUUCUUCUUCAAUAAAAUACAAUUGAAUCAGUCAACCUAAAAACCCUAAUUCAAUCAACGCAGCAGAGAAGAGUUGGUAGCUGUACCUGUAAUCGCCAUGGACGACGAUCAAAUUCCGGUGCUACAUCUCGGCCAAUUGAAAGUGGUAUCGGCGCUAGGUCGAGGAGCCAGGGGCGUUGUGUUUCUGGUACAAGAUCAGUCAUCCAAUGGUGAAUUGUUUGCUUUGAAGACGAUUUUGAGAGCUUCCAUUACAAAGAAACUUAAGAAGACGACGGAUAGCGGUGGUUGUGAGUGUAAGCAAGGUUUCUUUGAGCAGGAGGUGUUGCGAUUGUCACAACAUCCAUUGUUACCGAAACUCCGUGGUGUUUUGUCCACUGAGAGUAUCGUUGGCUACGCCAUUGAUUAUUGUCCUGGACGUGAUCUCAAUUAUCUUCUUAAGAAACAAACGGAGAGAAUGUUUUCCGAUGAUACAAUCAGGUUUUAUGCUGCAGAAUUGGUAAUUGCAUUGGAGUAUCUUCACGGAUUGGGGAUCGUUUACAGAGAUUUGAAGCCAGAAAACGUAAUGAUUCAGGAAAACGGACAUCUAAUGCUUGUCGAUUUCGAUCUUUCGACCAAAUUGUCGCCUAAAUCUCCAUCCAAAACUCGAUCAUCAAAAACCACGCCGUUACCAAAAUCUGAGCCACCAAUGAAGAACACAAAUCGAUUUUCAUUUUUCCACAAAUGUUGCCGCCCUGCUAUAUCGGCGGAAGACUCGGUACAUCCAACAGAGUCGAUCGACAACUCAGAACCGAAUUGCGACGAGACUCAUCACUCAUUCUCAAAAUCGAACUCCUUCGUCGGAACUGAAGAAUACGUUGCACCGGAAAUGUUACAAGGCAACGGCCAUGAUUUCUCGGUGGACUGGUGGUGUUUAGGCAUUGUUUUGCAUGAGAUGUUGUACGGUAAAACUCCGUUCAAAGGAAUGAACAGGAAGGAGACUUUUUACCAAAUUCUGUCCAAGUCGCCGGAGCUGGUCGGAGAACCGACGCCGUUGAGAGACUUGAUUCGAAAAUUGCUGGUGAAGGAUCCAAAACAGAGAAUAUUAGCGGCGGAGAUCAAGGGCCACGAUUUCUUCCGGGGAGUUGAUUGGGAGAAAAUCUUAGAAAUCUGUAGACCUCCGUUUGUACCUGGACCGUCCGAUAAGGAGGACAUGGAUGUAAAUAAGAAGAUGAUCGAUAUAGAGUCUUUUGUCCAAGAGGUGUUUCAAGUCGAUGAUGACGUCCACGAGAAGGAACGUGAUCAUGCUUUCUUGGUUUUUUAACAAAUAUUGUUGGUGGUAAAAAAACAU